AUUGACAGUUAUUAAAUAGAUUUCAACUUUUCAGAUUUACACAAGAUUUCUGAAAAAUAAUAUAAAUACAAUAACAAGUGAAAUAAAUUAAAUCUGUAAAACACACCAAGAUGUUUACUGAGAAUUUGACGAAACAGGACGAAGAAAUAGAGGCCCUAAGCUCAAUAUACGGCGACGACUGGAUCACAGAGAGCGACGUGACAAGAUCUUACAAGAUCAGAGUUGAAGAGAACAAGCAUGAAGCCAUUUUGUAUGUUACCAUGCCACCGGAGUAUCCUAGUCAGUCACCACCAAAGUUCGAGCUAUCUGCGCCUUGGAUGGAGAGAAAAGACAAGGCUGGUCUUCACCAGGCCUUGAAUGAAGUUUAUUUAGACAACAUAGGUGAAACGGUUGUAUACCAAUGGGUAGAGAAAAUAAGAGAAAUAUUACUGACAAUGAAACCUCCUGAAGUAAAGAAGAUAGAGCAAAAACAACUGGAUGAAGAAAAUAUGGAUUUGUCACAGGUAGAAAAUUGCCCGGAGAUUACUCAUGGUGAAGUGAUAAAAGACAGGAAAAGUUCGUUUCAAGGUCACGCAGCUGAGGUCCAUAGCAUGGAGGAUGUCAACGCCGUCAUAACAAAACUGAAGCAGAACAAGAAGAUAGUAAACGCAACUCACAACAUGUUCGCAUACCGGAUAGAACGGAAAACGGACAAGGGUACGAUGAUACUACAGGACUGUGAUGACGAUGGAGAGACGCACGCCGGCGGUCGCAUGAUGAAGCUGCUGCAGAUAUUGGAUCAGAAAAACACCUUGGUUGUUGUGUCCCGAUGGUAUGGCGGCAUCCAACUAGGGCCUGAUCGGUUUCGACACAUCAACAAUGCCACCAGACAGGUCAUCGAACAAGCCGGCUUACUGAAGAAAUGACAUUUAGCAUAAAUAACAUAAAUUUGUUAAGGUGCGUCCAGAUCUGGCCGUAUGCGGCUUUCUGGCUCUCUUCGUGGUUCUACGCUUGCGUUGCGUGCAUUCUUUACGAAUAAGGU